GGGGGCGCCCAGGCGAGGGCCAAGAUGGCGUCUACGGCGGCCGGCAAGCAGCGGAUCCCCAAAGUGGCGAAGGUGAAAAACAAAGCUCCGGCAGAAGUACAGAUCACAGCAGAGCAACUCCUAAGAGAAGCAAAGGAGAGAGAACUUGAGCUUCUCCCCCCACCCCCUCAGCAGAAGAUCACAGAUGAAGAAGAGCUAAAUGAUUACAAGCUUCGGAAAAGAAAAACCUUUGAAGACAACAUAAGAAAAAAUCGGACCGUUAUCAGUAACUGGAUCAAAUACGCACAAUGGGAAGAAAGUCUCAAAGAAAUACAGAGGGCUCGAUCUAUCUACGAGCGGGCUCUAGAUGUGGACUACCGAAAUGUCACCCUUUGGCUGAAAUAUGCCGAGAUGGAAAUGAAGAACCGCCAAGUUAAUCAUGCCCGAAAUAUCUGGGAUCGCGCAAUCACUACUCUACCACGAGUGAACCAGUUCUGGUACAAGUAUACUUACAUGGAGGAAAUGCUGGGGAAUGUCGCAGGGGCCCGCCAAGUGUUUGAGCGCUGGAUGGAAUGGCAGCCCGAAGAACAGUCCUGGCAUUCGUACAUUAACUUUGAGCUGAGAUACAAGGAAGUGGACCGAGCACGCUCUAUUUAUGAGAGAUUUGUCCUUGUGCAUCCUGAUGUGAAGAACUGGAUCAAAUAUGCCCGAUUUGAAGAAAAGCACAACUACUUCGCACACGCAAGGAAAGUCCUUGAGAGGGCUGUGGAGUUCUUUGGGGAGGAACACAUGAACGAACAUCUCUAUGUUGCUUUUGCCAAAUUCGAGGAGAACCAGAAGGAGUUUGAACGAGUGAGAGUCAUCUACAAAUAUGCCCUGGACAGAAUUCCAAAGCAUGAGGCUCAGGAGCUCUUCAAAAAUUACACCAUUUUUGAGAAGAAGUUUGGGGACCGGAGGGGAAUUGAGGAUAUUAUUGUUAGCAAAAGGCGAUUCCAGUAUGAAGAAGAAGUGAAAGUUAACCCGCACAAUUAUGAUGCCUGGUUCGAUUACCUGCGUCUUGUGGAAAGUGAUGCAGAUCCCGACGCUGUACGUGAAGUUUAUGAACGGGCCAUUGCCAAUGUUCCUCCAAUUCAAGAAAAGAGACAUUGGAAGAGGUACAUUUAUCUGUGGAUCAAUUAUGCGCUCUAUGAAGAACUAGAGGCGAAGGAUCCAGAGCGAACGAGACAGGUUUAUCAAGCAUGUGUUGAACUCAUUCCGCACAAAAAGUUUACAUUUGCCAAGAUAUGGCUGCUGUAUGCCCAGUUUGAAAUAAGACAGAAGAAUCUCAAGUAUGCCAGACGCGCGCUGGGAACAUCCAUAGGUAAAUGUCCAAAAAACAAACUAUUCAAGGGCUACAUCGAACUAGAGCUGCAGCUGCGAGAGUUUGAUCGUUGCCGGAAACUAUAUGAGAAGUUUCUAGAGUUUGCACCUGAAAACUGCACGUCGUGGAUCAAGUUUGCUGAGCUAGAGACCAUUCUCGGCGAUAUUGACAGGGCCCGAGCGAUAUACGAACUGGCUAUUGGCCAGCCAAGACUGGACAUGCCAGAGGUUCUUUGGAAAUCUUACAUCGACUUUGAAAUUGAGCAAGAAGAGUACGAGAACACACGGAACCUUUAUCGGCGAUUACUUCAGCGAACGCAGCACGUCAAGGUCUGGAUCAGUUUUGCUCAGUUUGAGCUCUCAGCAGAGAAAGACGACAGCUUGCCGCGAUGCCGGCAAGUAUAUGAAGAGGCUAACAAAACAAUGAGAAAUUGUGAGGAGAAAGAAGAGAGACUUAUGCUUCUGGAAUCCUGGAAAAACUUCGAAGAAGAAUUUGGAACAGACUCCAGCAAAGAGCGGGUAGAAAAGCUCAUGCCAGAGAAAGUUAAGAAGAGGAGAAAAGUUCAGGCUGAAGAUGGGUCGGAUGCUGGCUGGGAAGAGUACUAUGAUUACAUCUUCCCGGAGGAUGCUGCCAAUCAGCCCAACCUCAAACUGCUCGCGAUGGCUAAACUCUGGAAGCAGCAGCAACAGGAAGAGAAUCCAGAGCAAGAUCCUGACAAGGACGUUGACGAAAGUAGUGCCUGAUUCCUCUUUUACAUUCCCGUUCCCCUUUUUUACAGAAUUUUUGUCUCUGAAUACAAUUAAACAUUUCCCCCCAAAAA